AACAAAACAUUUCAGGAGUAUUGUAUCUUAAUCAGAAGACCAGCACUAGAAAUUAUGGAUAUUUUAAGGAGGAUAAAUUACAACUAUCCCAUCACACGUUUUCUACUGUAUGGAGAAAUGAAUGCUGGUAAAAAAUUUACUAUGACACAUGUGAUGCAUUUUUGCAGAAACCAGAACUGGAUUACCUUAACUGUACCAUGGGCCAAUGACUGGAAUUGUAGAAGAUUGAAAGUAUCAUAUAGCAACCACACGGAAUUCCUCUUUGAUUUACCUAUACAUUCUAAAAACCUUCUGGAAGAUUUUCUGAUCAAAAAUUCUCAUCUAAUUGAGGAUUUCAAAACCAGUACAAGAUAUGAAUUCUCAGAACAAGAAUCCUCGGAGCAGGGAGUACCUCUGAUAGAUUUAGUGUCCUUUGGCAUCAGUAGAAUGAAGUUUGCCAAUGAUGUUGUGGGAGCUCUUUUACAGGAACUAAAACACCUGGCUAACAAUGAUAA